AGAUGAAUGAGGCGAAUGCGAAAAGUUUCAUCAACGAAGUCGGCAAGAUUCAGCGCGAACUCCAGUCGGUCUAGAAACCCCAAUCUGGAAUGCCCGCUGCUGAAAGCAAGAAAGUUGCUCGCGACGACCUUGAAGAUUACGAGUUUUACGUUCAGGAUGAUGAAAAUGGCGACAUCGUCAGUGUCAAUGAUGAGAGGGACGCGUCUACCAAUGUUGAAGAGACUACGCCUAAGGUCUCUGCUGACGGACGUGACGCUACUGAAGAUGAUGAUACCGGAGAAAUUAAUAAUGAGAAGGAUAUUGCCGACGACGAAACUAUUGUGAACGACUGCGUUGAGGAUGAAGGUGUCAUCAACAAAAUCGUUAACAAGGAUAUCGUCAACAACGAAACUAUCGGCGAGGGCACUACUAAGGGCUUCGAUGCCGUGGGCCCUAGAUCUGAGCAAAGAGAAUCAUCGCUCAAUGAUUCUGGUUAUUUUUCGUCUGUAACAGUCUCCAAGGAUCAAACUUCAAAGGAUAUGGACAAGGAGAAGGCUUCUCGCGAGCCAAGCCCGGAUAGCGAUUCUUCGAGAUCUUCCCGCAAGCGUAGAGCUGAUGAGGUAGAAGGCGCAGAGAUGGAAGGCCCGAUGACACGAUCCAGGAAGAAGAGAUUAGAUGCGGCUCGCUCUGCUUCUAAUUCUUCCCCUCGUUCACCACGUUCCCCUACCCGUUCUCCUCGUCGAAAGUAGACAUGCCCUAAUAGAAGGUACACGUCUAAUGAGGUGUUUCAUUGAGUUACGAUUGUAUGGAAAAGGAGUUAUGGAAUGAAGCAUUUUCAAGGAUGGUCUUGGCACGGCAGUACGAAGGAAACUGCUCACUCAUAGAGCAUAGAUGGAAUAUGGUAGCUAGCAUGGCAUCCGUUGGAAGCAAUUUUAUGAUACCAUAAAAGGAUAGGAGAUUUUAAAUACCAAACAGCGCUUCAUUGCUUACACGAAACCUCAUGGAUUGUUUAUAACAUUGUAAGGCAUUAUCAUCGAGUCACUAACAAAAUGAUACAUCUUUUCUUUAAUAAUAUCCUAUAUUACUUAUAAUUAUAUUAAGA